AGGCGCAGCGCGACGCUGCGGUCGACAGCUGAAAGGAAGUCUCGUGCCAAAUGUUGUGUUCGAUGUCCUUUGGUAGACGAUAGAGGUUUUUCUAAUUCUAGAGUGCAUCGUUUCGAUUCAUAAGGGCGUCCACUCGGAAUUUCACUCUCGUAGUUCAAUCGCAGGACGAUUCGAGCGGCUCUCCGGCCAGUGUCAAGUGCGUACAGUCGCAAUUCACUGCGGUAAUCGAUAAAAUCGAUGGCCCUGCUAUGACGACAGACAAGGCGAUUUAAUUUUAUCUGCUAGAAAAGGUGCCUUCUUCAUUGAACAUUAUGGCAAAGGAUGACGCUACAGAUGAUUUGCUACCGGAUAAAGACGCCGCAAAGGAAUUUUACGCCAAAUACGAACCUAAGGAAAUACUUGGAAGGGGUGUGAGUUCCACGGUACGAAGGUGCAUUGAAAAAGAGUCGGGCCGCGAAUAUGCAGCGAAAAUCAUUGACCUCAGCACGGAUGCGGAAAACGCGUCGAUGCAGGAGUCGACCAUUCAGGAAAUUCGCAUCCUCAGGAUCGUUGCUGGCCACCCUUACAUAAUUGAGCUCCAUGAUGUCUUCGAGUCGAACACAUUUAUUUUUCUUGUCUUCGAAUUGUGCAAAAAUGGCGAAUUGUUUGACCACUUGACAACUGUCGUCACUUUGUCCGAAAAGAAAACACGUUACAUUAUGAAACAGGUUUUUGAAGCCAUUGAACAUGUCCACAAAAAGAGCAUUGUUCAUCGUGAUAUCAAGCCCGAAAAUAUUUUGUUAGACGAAAAUCUCAACGUGAAACUCACCGACUUUGGCUUCGCUAGAGUUCUAAAAGAGGACGAGAAGCUGUCUGAGUUAUGCGGGACACCAGGCUAUUUAGCUCCAGAAGUUUUAAAGAUCAACAUGUUUGAGGAUUUUAACGAAGGCUAUGGCCAAGAGGUCGACAUUUGGGCCUGCGGAGUCGUCAUGUACACCUUGUUGGUUGGUUGCCCGCCUUUCUGGCACAGAAAACAAAUGGUCAUGCUAAGAAAUAUAAUGGAAGGCAAAUACUCGCUCACUUCUCCAGAGUGGGAGGACAUCACAGAUGCACCGAAAGACUUGAUUCGCAAACUGCUGGUUGUCGACCCAAAGAAAAGACUUACAGUAUCAGAAGCCUUAGAACAUCCAUUUUUCCAAGUCAUGCAAUGGGAGACUAACUUGUCUGAACUCAAAAAGACAUUUAAGCACUCGUCCAGCAGUAUGAGUGAAACGCAUUACCAAAGUAAGAAAUUUGAAGCGAAAAAGCUGUUCCGAUUUGGAAUUUUGUGUGUGAGAGCUGUGGUGAGAAUACGAAGAUUAAAGUACACCCCUGAACCCCUUUCUAUUGCCGUGGCUCAAGUGGAUCCAUACAGAAUCAAAUCGCUGCGAAAGGUUAUCGACGCUUGUGCAUUCAGAGUGUAUGGGCACUGGGUAAAGAAGGGCGAAGGCCAGAACAGAGCUGCCUUGUUUGAGAACUUCCCCAAAACUGAAGUCAAACAGCUUUACCUCGCCAGCCCUCAGCCAGACUCCUAGCAUUUCGAAGCGAAUCUUUGGUUAUAGUCCCUGCGUUGUUAAUAGUGGCCACCGUUUGUUGAUGAGUGAAUGGUUAUUAUUUUUUUGUGAAAUGUCGUUUGGAUAGUUUUAAGUGUUUUAAACAUUUCACAAGUCUGCAAAGACUUUUGUUCUUGUCACCACACUGAAGUAAUGAGAGAGUGCUUUUCCAUUACAACUCCUUCGGCUAACCAGCAAGACUUGAAUAUUUCUGUGAACAGCCACCCCAGCAAGUAGCAUAAAUUUAAGAAAUUAAAAAUGUUAUUGCUCUAGAUCUAUCAAACAUGCUACUACUCUCAAACAUAUUUCUGUGAAAUAGUACAUUCUCCGUUUUCCCUGGAAAAUGAGUUUUUGCAGGUCAAUGCUCGUGCUCCUCUCACUCAUAAUAUGAUACAAAUAUAAUACGAGCAGAUAUCUCAAGCGUACAAAAGGCGAGUUUCUCAAAAACUCAUUCUUCACUGAACUUUUAUUUGUCAUAAUUGACAAUUAAGAGUGUUCAAAUCUCCUAACAAAAAUAUCAAUGUUAAAUACAUUUGUCAAUGCAUUCAUUGAAUAUUAUAAAUUUUGAUUAAAUAUUAGAAACAAAUAAAAGCUUCUUGAUAAUGGAAUUGAAACAUA